AUUUGUUUUCGAACUUGGUGUUCGGUUUAAAUUCGUUUGUUUUUAUCUGUUUACAGUACACAUGUUUGAAUAUUUUGUGAACAAACGACUAUGUUCAUAAGUUGAAUUUGUUUACAUGUAAUCUAAUCAAUUGUGUUAAUGCGCCUGGGUAUUUGAGAUUUUUUAUUUCGUAAAUUUGGUUUGGUAUUGGUUUCAUGACAAGUUAAUAGAAAAUUGUGGUUAAAGAAUUGGGAGAAAAGUGUUAAAUGUGUACUCAAAAAUCUGUUUAUGCGUUUGUUCUUAUAUCGAUGUGUAGUUUUGAAUAAAAAUAUAUCAUUGAAAGGGUUCAAUGUUUACCAUAUUUUCUAUAAUCAUUUGAGCACCACUGUGCAGCGAUCGUACAUCUUCUCAGCUAGUGGAGUAGUUCCCUGAAGCCUGCCAAAUUCAAAUUUGUGCACUUCUGUUUGCACCUGCAACUGCAAAGUUGCAUUUCCAGACAUUAAUGUGUAUGGGAGAUAAAGAUGGCUCGCAGGAAAGGAGAACCAAGGAGCAGUUCCACAGGGUCACCAUUACAAAGCAGAUCGUCUAGAUCAACAAGGUCGGGCGACGACAACAGGCAGCCGAGGAAUGCGCCUGCCCUCAGGGAGAUCAAGCGCUUGCAGAAUACCACGAACCUGCUGAUCCCCCGGAAGUCGUUCCAGGAUGUGGUGCGGAGCAUUGUGCUGAGGAUUGUGUGCCAGCACCACUUCACAGGCACAAUCAGGUGGUCCGUGACCGCGAUGGAGGCGUUGCAGGAGGCCGCGGAGGCGUACCUGGUGAACUUCUUCGAGGACGCCUUGCUGUGCACGUUGCACGCUCGUCGCGUCACUCUCAUGGUGAAAGACUUCGAGCUGACGCGCCGGAUGCGCGGUCCCAACGACGUUGCCAACCGCUAAAGUCCCGGAGGGCGAGCUUGUUCGAUAACUGUUGAACCCCGAGUCGCGCUACCCGCAUCCGUCACGUGAGCAGUCAGGUUUCUGCACAGCAGUUCGUAAAAUUUAAGGUGGAACAGUAAUUUUUUUUAAGUCUAAGUCUACGUGUUGUGGCUGUCAGUGUUUUCAGGUUUAUCCAAAUGUGUGCCGUGCAGUGCCAAUCUAGUUCCAUUUUUUUUUAUAGUGCUUGUCGUGCCUAGACCAGCAAAAAUCGUGUAUGGAUCUGGAACGUAUGAUUCCUUUACAGGGUGACUGCUGGUUGCAAGUGUCUCGAAGCACUAUGAAACUAGACUGGUCACAAAAGUCACGAUAUUAACAGUAACUGUGCUAACAAUCAUGAAACACUUAUCUUCUGCAGUCCUUUUUAAUUAUUUUGUUUGUAUAUUUGAUGCCUUACUUCAUUUGAAAGUUGUCCAUUAAAUCUACAGUUGGAAGUGUCACUAUGCAAUUUUAGUUUUUAAAGUGUGAUUAUUUAUGUGUGAUGGACUAUUUUUUUAAUAGUUACUUCUUAUUUGUAACGUCAUUCAGGAUUAUCUAAAUUAAAUUUGUGAAGUUAG